UAUUGUUUUUGAAAGGUGAGCGAAGAGCUCAGGUGAGUUUCUCUCGUGUUUAUAGAGGCUUCAUUGUCUGACAGACGCUGCUGAGGUUGUUGAAUUCUCUCCAGAUUUAAAACUACAUUAUGCAGUUUGAUAGAAUCUGGUCUGGUUUUCUUGUCUGUCUGGUUCUGGUGCUGGAGUUGAAUAAAAACAGGCCCAAAUUAUUGAUAUUUCAAACAUUAUUGUUAUAGUUUCCAUAAUAAUUGUGGCUUUCUCUGUUACCUGAUUAAUGCCAUACUUUGCUCCAUUUUGGGAAAUAUUUGUUUUAUGUCAAUGACUGACGUAUUUGCGCAGCUCUCAACCAAAUGGAAUAAUGGCGCAGGACUUUAUUUGUCAGGACUUUAUUUGGUUUUGUUGUCCCUCUGGUUCAUACAGUCAGCACGAUCAGCAGGUUUCACCUGUCGAGGAAAAGGUUGAAAAGUUGUUUGACGGGCCAAAUGAGACGCAGAUUGGAGGCUUGUGUCGAGCCAAUAUGGGCGUGUAAAGAAGUGCAGUGAGAUUGGGAGGAGCUCAUGAAGAUAUCACUUGUUAGUUAUUACAAUCAAGGUCAGUCAAGUAUUCAGGACACUAAGGUGCUGAAAUGUUAUUGUUCAGUGAAGGCUGAUGCAGGAUUGUGCUCUCUCUCUCUCAGUAUCACUGCUGGUUGAGUGGACAGAGUUCACUGUUGUGACCCACAAAAAACGUAUGCACUGCAUCUUAUUUUGAUGUCAGUGUUGCAACAGUCAGGUAUUUUGUUUCAUGGAAAUUGAUACUGAGUAACUUGUUUUGGUUUCAGCAGUAGUUGGGGAAUUGCUUUAUAAAGUCAAAGAAGUUCUGAUGAGUCGCUGCAGUGUUUUACUGUGCUCACCCACCAGUUUUAAGCUAUUCCCAAUUCCCUGUCUGAGGAGCAUGAAAGGACUCCAUAUUAAAAUGGUCAGGUGGAUGGAGGCAGUCUCAGUGACGCAAACAUGGAACUGUUGAAGAUUGAAUAUUGAUGUGAAAAUUAAAGAGAUUUUAAACUUGAAAAGACAAGCUACGCAAGUGAAAGCCGAUGACCAGGCGACACACACACAGACGCACGUCUGAGGUGAACGACAAACACAAACAACACCUGAGUUAAGCUUUCACAGGACACAGCCCCUCGCUCACUGGGCGAGGUCCCUCCAUCAGAGUGAGGAUCAGAAGGAGCUGGAAGCUUUAUCUGCAAACAUGGACACAAGUCUUCAGACCAGCGGAGCGAUGCUCACAGGUGCGGAAAGAGAGGAGGAAGCUCCUCCCUCUAAAGCCCCUCUGGGUGAGGACCAUGGCAGCCAGACCAGAGCUCAGAGCUCAGAGCCACUCACAUCAGAAGCUGCUGGACGAGGACACAGACCUGGACCUGCUCCCAGCUGUGUGUCUCUGAAGAGUGACUGGUCUAUGGAUAGACCUGUUUACUUCAGUAGUGUACAGAAAGAUCAGAGGAGGAGGAAGCUUAAUCGGGAGAAACCAGAAGACCCUGAACUCAGCUGUGUGUCUCUGAAGAGUGGCGCAUCAAAGAAUCUUAACAUUUAUUUCAAAGGUGGACAAGGGCCUUCAGGAGAGAGAGAGGAUCAGCAGGUCUCAGAUGUUCUCAGUCUCCAGUGUGUCCAGCAGCAUCAGACAGAUCUGGACUCCACACUUCAGCUCCUUGAGGAGACUGUCAUGACCCUGGUGAAGAAGGAAGUGAGGAGAGUCCAAAGGUUCCUCAGUCCAGAUGAUCCCAAAUACCAGGAUGAUGAGGAAGAGGUGAAGGUGAAGUGUGAUGAGGAGCAGAUGAGGAGCAGCAGAGAAGCUUUCCUGGACUUCAUUAUGAACCUCCUGAGGAGCAUGGAGCAGGAGGAGCUUGCUGGUCGUGUGUGGAGCAGAAGUCGUGCUGGAGCGUGUGCAGGACGACUGAAGAGGAGCCUGCAGAAGAAGUUCCACAGUGUGUUUGAGGGAGUGGCUAAAGCAGGAAACUCCGCCCCUCUGAAUCAGAUCUACACAGAGCUCUACAUCACCGAGGGGGGCACAGACCAGGUCAACCAGGAGCACGAGGUCCGACAGAUCGAAGCAGCAACCAGGAAGCAGAGCAGACCAGAAAGGACCAUCAGACAGGAAGACCUCUUUAAAGCCUCAGCUGAGAGAGAGGGACCAUUCAGGAGCCUGCUGACAAAGGGCGUGGCUGGCAUUGGGAAGACCCUCCUGACACAGAAGCUGACUCUGGACUGGGCUGAAGACAAAGCCCACCAGAACUUCCAGCUCAUGUUUCCUUUCACCUUCAGGGAGUUGAACCUGCUGAAAGAGAAGCAGUUGAGUUUGGUGGACCUUGUUCAUCUCUUCUUUCCUGAAGCCAAAGACUCAGGACUCAGCAGCUUUGAAGGAGUCCAGGUUCUGUUCAUCUUGGACGGUCUGGACGAGUGUCGACUCCCUCUGGACUUCAACAGCCAGGUCCUGACAGAAGCUACAGAGUCCACCUCAGUAGACGUCCUGCUGACCAACCUCAUCAGGGGGAAGCUGCUUCCCUCAGCUCACCUCUGGAUCACCACACGACCUGCAGCAGCCAAUCAGAUCCCUCCUGAGUGUGUGGACAUGGUGACAGAGGUCAGAGGGUUCGCUGACCUCCAGAAGGAGGAGUACUUCAGGAGGAGGUUCAAAGAUGAGCAGCAGACCACCAUCAUCUCUCACAUCAGGAGCUCACGAAGCCUCUACAUCAUGUGUCACAUCCCCAUCUUCUGCUGGAUCACUGCCACAGUUCUGGAGGACAUGUUGAAGAGCAGAGAGACCAGAGAGCUGCCCAAGACCCUGACUGAGAUGUACAUCCACUUCCUGGUGGUUCAGGCCAAAGUCAAGAAGCUCAAGUACCAUGGAGGAGCUGGGACAGACCCAGUUUGGGAUCCUGAGAGCAGGAAGAUGAUUGAGUCUCUGGGAAAACUGGCUUUUGAGCAGCUGCAGAGAGGAAACUUGAUCUUCUAUGAAUCAGACCUUACAGAGUGUGGCAUCGACAUCACUGCUGCUGCACUUUACUCAGGAGUCUUCACACAGAUCUUCAGAGAGGAGAGAGGACUGUACCAGGACAAGGUCUUCUGCUUCAUCCACCUGAGUCUUCAGGAGUUUCUGGCUGCUCUUUAUGUCCACCUCACGUUUUUCAACUCUGGAGUCAAUCUACUCGAUUCACAACAAACAUCUGUCCUGACAAGAAUCUUAAGACACAAACAUCACAUGAAACAGUUCUACCAGAGAGCAUUAAAUGAAGCUGUAGAAAGUAUUACUGGACAUCUGGACUUGUUCCUGCGCUUCCUUCUGGGUCUUUCUCUGCAGACCAGUCAGAGUCUCCUCCCAGGUUUGUUGCCACAGACAGGAAGUAGCUCCUGGAGCCAUCAGCACACAGCAAAGCUCAUCAAGAAGAAGAUAAGUGAGAAAGUGUCUCCAGAGAGAAUCAUCAAUCUGUUCCACUGUCUGAGUGAAGUGAAGGACACUUAUCUAGUGGAGCAGGUCCAACAGCAGCUGAGGUCAGGACGUCUCUCCACAGCUCAACUGUCUCCUGCUCAGUGGUCCACCCUGGCCUUCAUCUUACUGUCCUCAAAGGAAGAUCUGGAGGUGUUUGACCUGAAGAAAUACUCUGGUUCAGACAAGGUUCUUGAGAGGCUCCUGCCUGUGGUCCAAGCUUCAAAACAAGUUCUACUGAGAGACUGUCAGCUGUCAGAGAGAAGUGGUUCCCUUCUGUCCCCAGUCCUCAGCUCUCCGUCCUCUCGUCUGACACAACUGGACCUGAGCUACAACUACAAGCUGGACGAUCCAGGAGUGGAGCUGCUGUGUGCUGGACUGAAGAGUCCACACUGUCACCUGGAGACUCUCAGCCUGAGCUGGUGUCAGCUGUCAGAGAGAAGUGGUUCCCUUCUGUCCUCAGUCCUCAGCUCUCCGUCCUCUCGUCUGACACAACUGGACCUGAGCCACAACGACCUACAGGAUCCAGGAGUGGAGCUGCUGUCUGCUGGACUGAAGAGUCCACACUGUCACCUGGAGACUCUCAGCAUGAGCUGGUGUUUGCUGUCAGAGAGAAGUGGUUCCCUUCUGUCCUCAGUCCUCAGCUUUCCGUCCUCUCGUCUGACACAACUGGACCUGAGCUACAACUAUGACCUAAAGGAUCCAGGAGUGGAGCUGCUGUCUGCUGGACUGAAGAGUCCACACUGUCACCUGGAGACUCUCAGUCUGUCAGGGUGUAGGAUCUCAGAGAGAGGCUGUGCCUCUCUGGCCUCAGCUCUGACCUCUAACCCCUCCCAUCUGAGAGAGCUGGACCUGAGCUUCAACCAUCCAGGAGGACCAGGACUGAAGCUGCUGUCUGCUGGACUGGAGAGUCCAGACUGGAGGCUGGAGACACUCAGGCUGGAUCACUGUGGACCACAGAGGUUAACAUCUGGACUGGAGAGAUACUUCCGUCCACUCUCACUGGACCCAGACACAGCUCACCGACGCCUCCUACUGUCCAACAACAACAACAUGGUGGAGCUAGUGACGGAGGAUCAGGAGUAUCUGGACCAUCCCGACAGGUUUGAGCGGUGUCCUCAGGUGAUGAGCAGAGAGGCUGUGACUGGUCCCUGUUACUGGGAGGUGGAGUGGAGAGGAAGAGUUUCUGUGGCCGUGACUCUCAGGAGAGACGGAGGGAAAGAUGACGAGUCUGAGUUUGGACAGAACCAUUAUUCCUGGAGUCUGAGCUGCUCUGAUGAUGCUGGAUAUAAAGUCUGUCACAACAACAGAGAAAUUGUCAUUGGGAGCUCAGAAGUCUCUCACAGAGUUGCUGUGUUGCUGAAUGCAACUGCUGGAGUUUUGGAAGUCUACAGAGUCUCCUCUGGAGUCAGGACCCCCCUCUCCACCUUAUUCACCUCCACUGAACCUUUGCACCUGGGAUUUGGACUCAGAGAGGCUCCUGGUUCUGGUUCCUCAGUGCGUGUGUGUGACCUGAGUGUGUGAGUGUGUUCAAAUCCCCAUCCAAACUGCUGAAAGUGAGGAAUGAAUCUGUUUCUGAAACAAACAUGUUCUAUGUUUGAAGAAGAGAAACUUUCUCUUUCAUCACUCUCCUUUCUCCAGUAAACGUCUUCAUGUUCUGCUGAGUGGUAUCUUCCUGCUCCUUCUAUCAUCACUGUGUUCAGUCACUGAAAGACUCCUCCAAGUCUCCAUCCUCACGUGAAGAAGACUUCAGCACAUUCUCAAACCCGUCUGUCCUUCUUCUUCCCUGUGGACAGAUCACAUGACAACAAUCUUCAUCCAUGAACUCUUGAACUGUCGGUCGACCUUUAGUGAAGAGUUCAGAUCAACUUUGAAAUAUCUGAUUGAAUGACAACAUUUGUGGAGUCACAAAAAGGAUUUGUAUUUGUUUGUGUCAAAAUAUUGCAGCCAUUUUGAAACAGAAAAAAAAUCAUAUUUGAGAUUGGGUCAAAUUCUAAAGGUGUCUGAAAACAUUUUA